AUGACUGAAAACGAUUCGACCGCUGGAUUCAAGCCCAGUGCUGCCAGCAACGCAGCUCUCGAAUAUGUGGACUUAUGCGAGGCCGAGAGCGACCUCUGGUCGAGUGAGUCGUCCAUCACGCUGCUUGGAAUCUGUAUCGUGGCCGUGGGCGCCAAUCCAAGUAAUCCUGGCGGAGCUCGCAAAGACGUCUAUUCAGGCGUCUGCUAA